GCCUCAGCCAGAACCGUCCAGCGUGGGGCGCGCGCUGUUACCCACAAUGCACGGGGCUCGUGCGCAUGUCCCCACUGAUCACGCUCCCGUCGCGCGGUUCUCGGGGUGGGGCCACAGGAGGGGGCGGGGCCUCGUGGGGCGGCGCUGCCGGAAGUCGGGCCCGCCGGCUGUGGCGCGUGGCUGAGGCGGCUCGGGUCGCGCGGCUGAGUACGGGGGCCGGGCCGGGCCAUGGCGCUCUACAGCGCAGCCGCCUCCGUCCUGGCGGGGCUGCAGCGCCGGGAGGGCGCCCUCAAGACUCUGGUGUACAAGAGCCGCUUCCAGAACGUGAAGCAGCUCUAUGCCCUGGUGUCCGAGACCCUGCGCUACUCGCUGGUGCUGGACUCCAUCAUGGCCGGGGCUGCCCUGCUGAAGGCUGAGAAGAAGCUGCCUCCCCACUUGGCCAAGGUGCUGGUGUAUGACCUGCUCUUUGGCAAGGGUCUGAAGUGCGGGGGCCGCUGGAAGGUGCUGGUGCUGAAGCACAGGGCUCGGCUGCAGGCAGAACUUGCCCGUCUCAAGGUGCGCAGGAAAGUGAGCUGCAACGAGGAUCUGCUGGUGCCCACAGAUGGGAUGAUCCAAGCCCCUCAAGUGCCACGGUACGUCCGAGUGAACACCCUGAAAACUUGCAAGGAUGAUGUGGUUGACUACUUCAAACGCCAGGGCUACUCCUACUUGGGCAGGGCAGCCAGAAUGGAGGAGCUGAGCUCCCUCUCAGGGAAGCAAUUCCUCCUGGAUCCCCACCUGCCGGAGCUGCUUGUCUUCCCGCCAAAGACAGACUUCCAUGAGAACCGGCUGUACGUCGCAGGGCAUAUCAUACUGCAGGACAAGGCCAGCUGCCUUCCUGCCUUCCUUCUGAGUCCCCCCUCAGAGGCCCAUGUAAUCGAUGCCUGUGCUGCCCCCGGGAACAAGACCAGCCACAUGGCCGCCAUCCUGAAGAACAAGGGGCGGAUCUUCGCCUUUGACCUGGACCCCAACCGCUUGGCCACCAUGAGCACCAUGCUGGUGCAGGCUGGGGUUAGCUGUUGUGAACUGGCCAAUCAGGACUUCCUGACAAUUGACCCCAGUGACCCCAAGUACAACAAUGUGACCUACAUUCUCCUGGACCCCUCGUGCAGCGGCUCAGGAAUGGUGAACCGGCUGCCAGCUGAGGAGAGUGCCCCCAGCUCGGAGCGGCUGCGGGCACUGGCUGGGUUCCAGCGCAAGGCCCUGAGCCAUGCCCUGCGCUUCCCUGCCCUCCAGCGCCUGGCUUACUCCACCUGCUCGGUGCAGCAGGAGGAGAACGAGGAUGUGGUGUGGGAUGUGCUCCAGGAGCAUGGCACAGCAUUCAGGUUGGUAAACGUGCUGCCUUCCUGGCCCCAUCGAGGCCUCGCCACCUUCCCAGGUGCGGAGUGCUGCCUCCGAGCCUGCCCCACAACGACGCUGACAAACGGCUUCUUUGUUGCCGUGCUGGAGAGGCAGCAGGAAUGCAACAGCCAGGGCUCCUCCAGCUCCCUUCUUGCCGAGGUGGACGGUGGAGCAGAGAGAUCCCAGGAUGGAGAGGGAAGGGGCCCUCUCGCUGCCCGCAAGAAGAGGCGGAAGAAGAGCCAGUGUGUGAAAUGAGGACUCUUGACAGGAGCAGCGGUGGCCCUGUGGUGGCAGCCUUAGAGCCAGGCUUCUGCCAGCCGCCUGCCUAUCCUGCUGGCAGAACUCGGAGCCCUGAGGCUGGAGGCCCUUGCUGCGUUGGGCCUGUACUGCUGGCUAGCUUUCCCUCCAUGGGGCUGGUCCGAACAGGAUGUUUUUGCUGUCGAAGGGGGAUGUCUAACCCGCUGCCAGUCCAGCUGCUGGGGGUGCUGUGGCCCCAGCAAUGCACCCAGCCUGGGUCAGGGUGGGAGUAAAGCUUUCCAACCCCUUUCAGGUUUUGUCUUGAGUAAGUUUCUCUGAGCCCCAGACUGUAGAAAUGCUGCUGCAGUGCGGGCCCCAGGGACACCACUUGCACAUUUGCUCAGACUCCAACCUGCGCUCUCAAUUGGCUCUUCUAUGAGAGUAAGAUACAAACCAAGGGCUCUCCGAUGACUCCACUCAAAGCAAUCCGUCAGCUCCCCUUCGCAAGCAGGUGUCUUGGCCAGCAGACAGGCAUGGGCCAGGCUAUGUUGUUGUAUGGUCCUUCCUGUCUCUCAAUCCAGAACUGCUUUCUGGCCUCCCUGACUUUUGCUCCUGUGAGGGGUUGAGCAUCAACUUUGCCUGACUCUUGCUGGUCUCUUCUGUUGCUGGAGGCCAGCCAAGCCUUUAGGUGAGAGCUUGGCAGUUUUGGAGGGCGAGAAAACGGACACUGGCUACACAUGGGAAGCAGCACUGCAGUGGGUUGGGGUGAGGAAGAGCAGCUGUGGAUAGAGCAGCUGAACUCAACGGGGGCAGAUCUGUGGCUGUUUUCAUAAGCCUUUCUCUGUGAGCCAUGAGCACUGCUGCCUGUCAUUAGCAGCCAGCCCCAGGACAGCCUUGGGAGGAGGAAUUUCAACUGCCAAAUGACCACCCUCAGUGCCUGCUCUUCCCUGCCCUAUGCCUGUGUUGAGUUCUGUCAGUGCUGUGCACUGGGCUACCUCCUGUCACCACCCACAGCUUCACCCCUCCUGCACCGCCCCUGCAUGUGAGCACAACGCAGCCCUCCCUUGUGUACAGCAGGGCAGUGCCUGGAGAGAGAAGUGCAGGUUACAGUGAUGAAAUGGGGAAGAAUCCUGGGUUACUGGCUAAGCCCUAGCCCACCAGAACCCACUGAGAGUUCAAGGCUGCCAGUGGGAGAAACUCCAGGCAGGAGCUUCUGAGCCGGUGUGUUUAGCUUGGACAAUGAAAUCUGCUCCCUUAUAAGCACUGCAACUGUUCCAGUGCUGGGGGCUCUAGGCUCUCCCCCUCGCUGAGGAGCACAGCCAGCUAUUUCUGUGCUCGUUUUCCAUGGGCCAUGAGUUUGCUCACUGGGCUGAAAUAAGCUCAGUGAGAAAUUUGCAUUCUUUCUGCCUGCAGCCGUUGGGCCAGCUGAGUAAAAGGACAGCAGAACUCUGGAAACCAAGGCACCCUCCAGAGAGGCUGAAACAUCGAGCCCUGGUUUUCACAAGUGACCAGUGUACUUGGGUGUUUCACCUGACACCUUAGAGGGGCCUGAUUUUCAACAUGGCUCAAGUUAUCCUUGAAAUGACGACUCACUUAGAGGCUGCUGUGACUGAAGUGGAGGUACCGAAGCCAGCACUGCCCUUGAUGGCUGAGUUCAGUACUUCACACAAAUGCUCUUGGUUAUCCAGCAGGUAUCUAAGGGUAGGCCCCAGUUCAAAACACCAGCCUUGGCUUCUGGCUUCCUUUUUCUUCCUGUCUCCCAUUUGAAGGGACCAUUCUAUUAAAAAUGACCAACUCAAAAAGAUUUUUUUCC